AUUUGCUGCCAAGGAGUGUGGUGGAGUCUCCUUCUUCUGUCAAGAAUGCUUUAAUGGUGUUUCCUGCUUGGCAGGGGGUUGGACUGGAUGGCCCUUGUGGUCUCUUCCAACUAUGAUUCAUCUGUGUCUUUAAUCUGGGCUGACUAAAGUCCUUUAAGCGGAAAUCCUGCUUAUUCCUCAGGCAGAUUAGGAGCUCUGCCAUUGAGGAUGAUGCUGGAGGAUGUUCCUGAUAGGGAUGAGGCCUCUUUUCAGAAAGAACAGUCAAGGUCCUCUGAAACCCCCUGCCUUCUUUCUUAUGCUUUUUUGCCUUCUUUUGCUCCCUAUAAGUGGUUCUAAAUGGAUGCAGAUGGCAUCUCCUGAGUGUCCACAGGGCUGUGCUGUUGUCUUUGGACAGGCCUCAGAAUGUGAGAGCAUCUGCGUCCCUCUGUAUUUACAGGUCCCUCUGUAGGGAAGAAAGUCUCCUUCGGUUCCAUUGGAAUGGCCUAUUCCUCAUUGCCUGAGCGGGGGAGGCAGCCUUGGCUGUUUUUAAAUGUAUUCUUCCUCUGCUGGAAAUUUGUAGGGCACCUCUGUGAACUGCCUUCUCACACCAUACUGUAUAAUUAACUCUUACUAAUCUUGGAGACUGUAUUCAGUGGGAAGAUUCCCUUAAAAAGUUGUUAAAUGCUAGGGAGAGGCGUAGAGGAUGCCUGCCCAAGCUCUGGAUUCUGCUCUGACCUAUCGCCAUCAGGAAUCAGCAGCAUAUGGCAAACACAGAAAUUGGCCUUGCUGUGGAUUUCUGUUUGAAGAUGAUGCAGGAGGACAUUCUGCCCAGGUCUCCUUCCUCUGCUGGCAUUGGUGUGGGGCUAAUGCAGGGGUCAACAAACUUUUUCAGCAGGGGGCCGGUCCACUGUCCCUCAGACCUUGUGGGGGGCCGGACUAUAUUUUGAAAAAAAAUAUGAAUGAAUUCCUAUGCCCCACAAAUAACCCAGAGAUGCAUUUUAAAUAAAAGGUCCCUGGAGCCGGAAUGCCCACGGGCAAAAGGCAGAUCGUGCCGUUGUUGUUUUUUUAAGAAAGAGCUAAAGGCUAACAAGAGGGAAUGAGCUGAAAGGAACCCGCUCAGCAGCUGAUUGCAAGAGAUGGGGAGGGAGAUAAGAGAGCUAGCUCCCUUCCCGGCCCCUCCCAGCCGCUUGCCUAGGCCUCAAUUGUUGUCUGCAGAGGGAGGAAUGUGACUGGCUGAUUAGAUUAUCUGUCUGGAAACUGUAGAAAUGGAUCCCUUUCCUAGAGAAGUUGCAGAACUGUGAGUUGAACCCCAUAAAAACAGGAUUUUUUCCCUUUGCAAGGAAACUCAGCAACUUUGAGCUGAUCCUUAAAAAUGGAGCUUUCCCCCUUUGCAAAAGAAGCUUCCUCAAAUAUUUAAUGGGGAGGGGCAAAGGCACCUAGGCCUCUAGGAGUUGGCUGCUAUGUCUAGGUCAAUUCAAGAAAGCAAAAAAAAAUUCUUGUUUUCCUCCUCUAAAAACUAGGUGCAUCCUAUGGUCAGGUGUGUCCUAUGGAGUGAAAAAAUACGAUAUUUAGUGUUAGCUCUGGCAGUGUGACCAAACCAUAGUGCUAGUGCAAUGGCAUGUUUGGUGAAUGAUGUGCAUCUUCUGCGUGGAGAGGAGCGUGAGUCAGUUUAUGUCAAGAACUUGCACAUGAUAGAGAAGUCACUGUGUCAUAUGUGUUAAUAAAAAGAUGACUGGGUCUCUUGCAUUUAUCUUUUGGAUAACUUCUGAAUCAGCCAGGAGGAUAUACAUAUCUUUCCACAACUUCCAAUUUCUUUUCUUUUUAAAAACGUAGUUUGUACUUAUAGCCUUGGGCUGGCUUAGUAGCCUUGCAGCCAAGAGGAUGAGCAGGUCCAGGUCUACAUAGCUAGAAUGGUGCUUCAUCUUUGCUCCACAUCAUUCAUUGGGCCCAUAAUUUUCUUUUUCCUCCAGAAGGACCCAGAGCUCGUCUUAAAGCAUGCUUUGGUAUUUGAAUGGCAGGGGAGAAACAGCUGCAACUUCCCUUGCUCAAUGCAGUGCUACGAUGGCUCCGUGCACUGAGUCUCCCUCUGCCCUACUAAAAGCACAAGAAAAGAUGGGAAGUCUGUUGUUGUUUAGUCGUUUAGUCGUCUCCGACUCUUCGUGACCCCAUGGACCAUAGCACGCCAGGCACUCCUGUCUUCCACUACCUCCCGCAGUUUGGUCAGACUCACGUUGGUGGCUUCGAGAACACUGUCCAACCAUCUCGUCCUCUAUCGUCCCCUUCUCCUUGUGCCCUCCAUCUUUCCCAACAUCAGGGUCUUUUCCAGGGAGUCUUCUCUUCUCUUCUCAUGAGGUGGCCAAAGUAUUGGAGCCUCAGCUUCAGGGUCUGUCCUUCCAGGGAGCACUCAGGGCUGAUUUCCUUCAGAAUGGGUAGGUUUGAUCUUCUUGCAGUCCAUGGGACUCUCAAGAGUCUCCUCCAGCACCAGAAUCCAAAAGCAUCAAUUCUUUGGCAAUCAGAUAGGAAGUCUACAGGGUUAGAAUUGUUUUCUGUCGUUUGUUUCAGAGCAAAUGUCAGGUGGAUGGAGCAUUUCAAUAGGGGCAGAAAGUUAUUCUUGGCAAUCAGUAGAGCUUCAGUUACCAGUGGAACUAAACCUUGGUUGGAAAUCAGGAGAAUGUUUAAGUUGCAUAGCAAUCCCCCCUUAAGUAUGUAGUUAAUUACCCUUCUAAGGGUGAAAUGUGCUAAUUGAUUCUAUGACUCAUUUUAAAAAAUGUGCCUGAGGGUCAGGGGUUGUCUUGUCCUGAUGGAGCAGGGUAAGAAGCAUUCACAUUUUAAUACGUUUUUUGGCCAGUUUUCAAAAUGAAAAAGAUUCCCAAGGCAACCACUGUAAAAAUGAAUGUCCACCUUAAAACAAUAAUGGCCAUACCAGAUCUAGAAUCGGGUGUGUUUGCCAAUUAACCCAGAACGUGAUUCAGUUGGUAUGAAUCUGUGCAAUAUCCUGAUUUCAGAGCAGCAAAGCUACUCCCGAAAACAAUAUAAUUUUCCCCUCCCCUUUUCUCUCAACAGUGCAGAUCAAGCCCUAGAUAGAUUUGCUGUGAAGAAAUUCUUUGAUGAUAAGGCUUUAAUGCAACCAUCCCAGAAAAGUAGUGUGGGGCCAGAGAAUAAAAACAGAGUCUGUAUCGGAGUGGAACCAGCCCAGCUGCCGAAGGGAGAUAAUAUGCUGAAGUGCUGCCAUAAAAAAUAUGGAUGUACCACCUGUGAUAUUUUCCACCUGCAGUUCCACACAGGGGCUGUUCAAGGAUAUAGUCUGGUGUUUGACAAAGAGGACUUGGAUAAUGCAAACACAGGUGAACAUUUCCCUGAUUAUGGAAAAGUUGAACUGUUGUUUUCAAGAUCCUCAGAAAGAAUCCAAGGAUGUGAAGAGCUACAGAAUGGCCAUGGUGUGCUAGUGGACUCCAGCUGUUCAGAUCCACUGAUUUGCUGGGAUUCUUACGAAAAUAUGAGUGCUGAUGAGGAAGUGCUGCACACCCAGGGCCCCACGGGUGGCAACUUGUAUGCUAAAGCAAGGAAGAGAAGCUGCUGUGAGAGCCGCCUUCCUCGCAGGGCCCCGGCUGCUGCAUUUACCAGCCCUGACCCCAGGGACUAUGCCUUGUCUGUGGGCAGCGACUCAGGACACUCUACAGCCUCUAUAAGGACGGACCAGACUGAAGAGCGUUCCCUGCCAGAAACCAAGGGUGUCCUGAGCCCCCUAGAGAAAGAGGGGCUGGAGCAAUUGCUGAGCGGCCUUGGUCUGCAGAACUCAGCCAGUCCUGCUGAGGAUAUGACCGAUGCCCAAAGCACGUUCAGUGGGACUCGCCACAUAGUAGUGCCCGCCCAGGUUCAUAUGAAUGGAGGUGCCGAGCACAAGGACAGGGAAACAGACAUUCUGGACGACGAGGUGCCCAGUCACGACCUCCACAGUGUGGGCAGCCUUGGGACUUUGUCCUCCUCCGAAGGGCAGCAUUCCAACCACCUUGGGAACUUCCGCUGCCACAAAAGCAGCCAGAAUUCUCUCCUGUCAGAUGGCUUUGGAAGCAAUGCUUUGGAGAAGGAGUACUGCAACACUCUGGUCCCAGAUCUGGACAUUGAUGGAGAGCCCAGGUAUGAGAGGCACUUUGGAGGCACCGACCCAAAGCAAUCUCAGCAGCUGCUGAGGAAUACUGCCGUUUCCACCAAGCCACAGGCCUACAGCCUCAGUGGAUACCCAACCCAGACAUGGGUGCGGGAACAGCAAAUGGUCAUCGCUCACCAGUACGCUUACAGCCCAGAGAAUGAAGUCCGGCUUGGUAUUUGUGGUGUGGCUGAGAACUCGGGCAACCUGCGCAGCCAAGCCAGAGGUCCAGAUACCCCUCCCCGGGGGUCCAGCAGCAGACAUGCUGUGCAGAGGAGUCUCGGGAGUAUGCUACCCUCCAGCAAGAUCGCCCAAAUCCCUGGCCCCGAGGUUUUAAAAUUACAACACAAUCUUGAACUGGGAUUGAACACAGGGAACGAUUCAGCAGGCUUGCCAUCCUCCCCCACCCUGGAGAUGGAUCAGUCCAUUGAGCAGCUUAAUAGGUUAAUUUUAGAACUGGACCCAACAUUUGAGGCUAUUCCCACAUGUAUCAAGACAAUCGGCAGAGACACAGGGCAGCUGAAUGGCCUCGCAAGCCCUAAAAUGGACAUGGGAGGGUUUGGGAUGAGCUCCAGAUUCCAUGGGAAGGCAGAGGUCCUGGACGGAAACCGGCCUCAGCAGGGCUCUCAAGCAGAUGACAUAUUGAGUGGACUAAACAAGAAGUUAAGCCUGGCACAGUAUGAGAACAAUGUCUCAGCACAGCCAUUAUAUCCAAAGUGUGAACGGAUGGCGCCUUCUGCAGAAAGACUAGGUUCAUACAGGCCUGGAGGGGAGUCAAAUGAGAGGAGUGUUGAACACUAUCAGGAAGACCUGGAUGAAGCAGACAGCAGGAUCUUCUCACCAACAAAAAUUUGGAAUGAAACGCUCCAAACGACUCCAGCAUUCCCAGUAUCACCAGAGACUCCCUAUGAACCCCAGAGUUACGUGGAAGGCCUCAGUCAUUCCACUGUGAAGCCUGAAAGCCCCACAAGCCCAAAUCCUGCUUUGUUGCGGACAGAUCCUUCCUGUCGGCAGCCUUUUGCAGCUGUGUGCUCAGUCCCAUGUCAUCGCCCUGCCCAGCAAGGAGACAGUCCAACUGAACAAGUUUGGCAGCAAAACAGUUCUCAAUCCUCCUCAACAUCCCAGUUUUCUGGAAUAAAUGACAGCAAGUUUAUAGGAAAUUAUCUCACAUCUCCAGAGUUUUCUGUUCCUGUUCAAGAUUGCUCACGCAUGUCUCACUUCCAGAUCAAGGGACUUCGAGCUAGGUCAUUUAACAGCCAGGAAAAUUUGUCAUUGGGGCAGCAGCAGGAACCUGGGGCAAAUGCCAACACCCAAACAUUCCUCACUUCUGGAGGGAUCAGUGCCAACAGCUGCCAGCCACUGGUGGAGAUACAACCUGCUUUUGCGUCAAAUGGCAAUCAUGUGUCUACCCAAACUCAGAAAUCUCCAGGGGACAGUGACAUUUUGCCGCACAGUUUUCUUGCAACAACUUUUGGGCACAACAGCCAAAGCAGUGCAAAUCAACAAAGUCAUGGAAUCAACAUGCACCCUCAGCCCCCUCUUCCAGAGAAGAAGAGGACAUCGGAGGGAGAACGUUCUUUCAGCUCCAUCUCACCAUCUUCGAGUGGCUUCUCCAGCCCAAACAGUGGAAGCACCAUCAGCAUUCCAUUCCCAAACGUUCUCCCAGAUUUCUCUAAAGUUCUAAACACUUCACCAUUGCCAGAAAAUACAGCCGACAAGCAGGUGACUGUGAAGUUUGUCCAAGACACCUCCAAGUUCUGGUACAAACCGGAGAUUUCAAGAGAGCAAGCCAUUGCUGUCCUGAAGGACAAGGAGCCUGGAUCCUUCAUUGUCCGUGACAGCCACUCUUUCAGGGGAGCCUAUGGCCUUGCCAUGAAAGUGGCUAUACCUCCUCCUUCAGUGCUGCAGCUGAACAAGAAAGUUGGAGAUCUGUCUAAUGAACUUGUCAGGCAUUUCCUGAUUGAGUGCACCCAUAAGGGAGUGAGGUUGAAAGGAUGCCUCAACGAGCCAUAUUUUGGGAGUUUGACAGCCUUGGUGUAUCAACAUUCCAUUACUCCUCUGGCCCUGCCCUGCAAGCUGCUCAUCCCAGACCAAGACCCCCUGGAGGAGAUACCCGAAAGCUCUCCGCAGACGGCUGCAAACUCUGCUGCAGAGCUUCUGAAGCAAGGGGCAGCAUGCAAUGUUUGGUACCUGAAUUCGGUUGAGAUGGAGUCCCUCACUGGUUAUCAGGCAGUGCAGAAGGCCCUGAGUUUAACCCUGGCUGAAGAGCCGCCUCCUGUCUCUACUGUGGUCCAUUUCAAAGUGUCUGCACAGGGCAUCACACUGACGGACAACCAGAGAAAGCUCUUCUUCAGGAGGCACUAUCCAGUCAACACUGUUAUUUUCUGUGCUUUGGAUCCACAGGACAGGAAAUGGAUGAAAGAGAGCCUUUCAGCAAAGGUGUUUGGGUUUGUUGCAAGGAAACAAGGAGACAGUGCAGACAAUGUCUGCCACCUGUUUGCAGAGAAUGAUCCAGAGCAGCCUGCCAGUGCCAUUGUCAACUUCGUCUCAAAGGUCAUGAUAGGCUCCCAGAAGAAGAACUAAGCGCUUCCAACCGAGUGCUGCAGACGAACUCACAGGAAGGAUGUGGAGGCAAACUGUUGUGAGAUUAUGGCCCCUCAGCCUGCACCUAGCGGUUUCCCAAGACGACAUUCCACAUCCAAGGACUGCCAUCAGUAACAUCACCUGACCUUUUGACAUACAAGUGCAAAAUUAAGCAAAGAAGGGAGCUAGAAGUCAGCAAGAUCCCUAAAGCCCAUAUCUGAACAAAUUUUGGAAGAAAGAAAAAGUAUGGGAGCCAAUAGUAUUUUUCAUGUGCGGCGUUCUGAUUUUUCGCUAGAAUCAUAGAAUUGUAGAGUUGGAAGGGCCUCAAGAGUUAUCUAGUCCAACCCCCUGCCAUGCAGGUAGAAUGGAAGGCGGGAGGCACAUUGCUUUUAGCUGGAAUUCUUGCUAGGAAACACACAAUCAGGGGCAGAACUGAACUUACAGAAAUCACAAAGAGAACAGCCUCUGGGUGCAUUUGUAGGGAAGAAGUGGUAGCUACAGUCUGGGAUAUAAUUGCAGGUUCUUCUUUGAAAGUGCAUUAGUGUUAUCUCAGCAAAUUCAGCUUUGGAAAUGCAUUUGCUGAUACAACAUAUAUUUCCACCUGUAAAUAAUUGUUGUCGUUUCAUUGAUGAUAGCCAUGGCCAUGCUCUUCCCUUGUUUUCACAUAACAAUCAAACUUUAAAUGGAAAAGUGUUAUGUUCAGAGGAAAUUGGUGCAGAUAUAUUUGGGCUGGUGCAGAGGGAUAGAGAGGUUUCUGGACUGCAACAAGAAGGGUAAGGAAGCUUGGGUGCCUUUAAUUUAAUUGAAGGUAAAUGGGAGGGACUGGUUAAAAAGAAAAAUGCAAUGCAUGUUUGUCAUGUUAUUUUCACAUUGCUUCUUAUACGAAGAAUUUAAGUAGGGAAUAUAACUCUUCAUGGUUGCAGGAUACAAAGGAGGGGGAAAGCACACAAGAGAACAUUUCUGUAUAAUUUAUAAUAUAUUGCUGUAGUCAGACUAUUUAUAGCAGGCGUGGAGAACCUGUGUGCCUCCACCUGUUGCAGGACGGCAACUGCUAUCAGUCCAAGCCAGGAAGGCCGAUGGUCAGGACAAUGGGAGUUGUAGUCCAGUGAUAUCUGGAGGUGCCACAGGUUGCUCAAGCCUUGUGGCACAAAGUAGGCAUCUCUGUUGUAUAGCAUUCUAAUUAUGAGCUUCCUGUUGAAGGCACCGUUCAUUAUGAUAGGACUUGGGCAGAAGAUCCAUUCAAUCCCUGAACUGAAUGGGGGUUCUACUGCAGCACCACUUGGAGCAAUGCUUUUUUAAUGUAUCCUGUAUUCCUUCAGUAGCAGAGACUUCGCUUGAGCCUCCCUGUAGGAAGUAGUUUUGUAUUCCGACUUUAAAAGCAGUAAAUAUUUUCAUAUUAUUUUCUAUUACUUAAAAUGAUUGUUAUGAAAUCCAAUUUGUAUGGAUGGUUUUUAAGCUGAUUUUUAUUUUUAAAAUCUGGACUAAAUAAAACGUAAAGAGGAAAAAAUA